AUGUUAUAUGAGCGAGAUCUCCAUCCAGCCAAAGGGCCCCCCGUCCAUGGAGGGGCCCCUUGGGCCCCUCCAUGGACACCCCAGGUGGCUGCUGCAGUUCAACAUUUGCUGCCUGAUAGCUUCCAUUUAACAGGAUGUGUAGCUCUGAAUAUAGCGUUUGGGGUUGUGGCAGGCACUCAGCAGCCUGAACCACAGAAACAGCAGCAGGAGUGUGAGGUACAACAGCAGGAGCGUGAGGUACAGCAGCAGCAGACUCUACAACAGACACUGCAGCAUGUCGUGCAGCGUAUAGUGUUCUCUUCUGCUGUCCGAGUUCGCUCUUUCCUAAGCAGCAGCAGCAGCAGCGGUGCUGUGCGGGGUUGGUGUAACUCCGGGAUACGCUAUUCUCCCUCUGCUGCUGCACGGCAGCAGCAACUACCCCAGAGCGUCCCUCUACAGCAGAUAGUACCAAGAGUGCUGCUACUGCACCCACACUACGACCCCACGAGUUCUACGCUGGAGCUGCUGCCCCACACCUUGCAGCAGCAGCUCCAACCCCAAGAGCAGCGGCAGGAUGGCGACAGGAGGGCAAGGCGGCAACAACAGCGACUAUUGCAAAAGCAGCAAAAUCGGAGGCAAGGCAGUGCUUCUCAGCCACCCUCAGGCACACAGCCGACAGCACAAACAAGUGCGCACACUGCUGGUAGCUUGCCUGCAGCAGGGUCGGCAGGAGCUGCUGCUUUGACCGACAUUCCCUCUCCGUUUGAGUUGCCUUUUCCCUGGCAGCUAGGCCCAAGUGAGCGCUUAUACGCAUAUCUCUGCAGCGUUGGCACUUCUCCGCCAGCGGCAGCGGCAGGAGGCUUAGCCACAACGCCGACGGCUUGUGCUGCGAUGUGGGGAUCUCUGGUGCGGGGCCAGCGUGUGCUAGACUGCGGCUGCUACGAAGGCUGUGGCGUGCAGAUGCUUCUUGAGCAGCUGGGAGCGGCGGCAGCAGUAGGCGUGGACCUUAGUGGAGCAGCAGUAGCAGCUGCGAACCGCCGAUGUCAGCAGCAAGUUGCAGCUGGUCGGGCAGCAGUUCUGCAGGGGGACCUGUGUGACAGCAGCAUGCUGCCUCGGCUGCAACAACAGCUUCACCACAUGCGCCAACACCGGCAAAAUGCUGCAGGGGGGGCUGCAGGCCGCGCUUCUCCGCCAGCAGUAGCUGGAGAGCCUCCCCACUCAGCACAGUCAAACCAGUUCGAUGUUGCGGUGUCUGUGGAAGUUCUCUCAACAUCCCUAUCCCGACCCCUUUUCUUUAGGGCUGUGUCUCGCUUGCUGCGCCACGGCGGUAUGCUGCUGCUUAUGGACAAACAAGAAGAGCUUAUGGGCUCUGCGUAUCCUAGCAUUGCGUUGCACGAGCUGCAGCAGGAGCAGCAAGCAGGCAGAGGUGGUAGUGCACUGCAUGCGCAGCAGCAGAUGCUGCUACUGCGCUCACAGCAGCAGCAGCACGCGGAACGGCUGCUGCAACAGCUGCGGGGCACGGGGCUGAGGAUUUUGCUGCUCCAGGACCUCCGUGCCUUCGUGGGGGGAACGCAGGAGUCGCUGUUGCGCCAGCAACGUGGCAACCCGUUGCUGUCGUUGCAGCGUCGAUCCCUUGAAUCAGCACAGCAGAAGCUCAAGAGCUACCCUUACCUGCAUUUAGUUGCCGUAAAAGGAUAG